GCCAUAACCCAAAGCUAAGCCGAAGUCCUUUUGCGUGUUGUGUUGUGAGCCAGCUGACUCGUGGAGCUUUCAUUUUCACAUGCACUGGUCCGACUCUUUCACGUAAUUCCCUCUGCCCGUCUUUCUCGCAGCUGACCAAAGGAACCCCAAACUCCAUCGCCAGCUACUGACAACCCAAUUCUCCGGCGAAAGACCUCUGAACUUCUUAUUGUUUGGUAAGACUCUCGCGGGAACUUUCUUCGUGUUGUUCCCUCUUUUCCUUUGAUCAUCCGCAUCAGACGAGGGUUUAUAUAUGCUUUCCUUUCUGUACAAACUGGCGCUAGCUAGUUUCUUAUAAGCAUGUGAGUUUUUCCUUUUUUGAGGGGGAGAAAAAACAUUCCACUGACAUAAUUGAGCGUGCAGUACGUUAUUUCGUCCAUUUUCUUUUCUUUUCCCUCGUUUGCUCAUCAAUUCAAAACAGAGACGUCAAAUUUGUUUUAUGAUUCUUUUUCGGGUUUUAAGUGAUUUUUAGCUUUGUUAACACACUCCAGUUAAUUCCCAACAAAUAUAAGUUGCUAUCAGAGUAGAACUAGUAAUCAAUCCCAGAAAUGAAAAGAACUUAAAUAUGCGAAAGAUCUAAAAUACCUUUGAUGAUCAUGAGAAAUGCAACUGUUACCAUAAAUGAGGAUCAUAUUUCCUACAAUUGUAAUUAAGCUUUAAAUACAAAUAAGUGGAUUAAUCAAGUAGCUGAAUUCUUAAAAAAGAAAAAGUCAUUACCGAUGGUCCAACACCACACGUAUCGAUAGACAUAGCUGUUAUUUAUUUACUCAUGAGUUGACAGAUUUGCUGAGAAAAUCAUAAUUAUACUUGGCUAUAACUAGGAAAUGCCCAUAUCCGGAACAGAUUUUUUGUCGCCUUUGCACAGAUUCGACGUUCUUUAUGCUUUGUUAGGUUUAUAAGAAUAUUUUCUUUACUUAAACGGAUAAGAACUUGAGUAACGUUUGUGGGCAAUGAGCUUGGUGAGGACAUGAAGAAAGUAUCAAGAAAAGUCGGGAAGUAUGAGGUUGGCCAAACCAUCGGUAAGGGAACUUUCGCCAAGGUUAAGUUUGCACGAAACACAGAGACCAGGGACAGUGUGGCCAUGAAAGUCUUGGCAAGGACCACCAUUCUGAAGCACAAAAUGGUUGAUCAGAUUAAAAGAGAGAUAUCGAUAAUGAAGAUUGUUCAGCAUCCCUAUAUAGUAAGGCUGCAUGAGGUUUUGGCUAGCAGGACAAAGAUAUAUAUAAUUCUCGAGUUUGUGACUGGAGGACAGUUACUUGAUAAAAUUGGAAAGCUUCCUGAAAAUGAAUGCAGGCGAUACUUUCAACAGCUUAUAGAUGCAGUUGCUCAUUGCCACAAUAAGGGUGUGUACCAUAGAGACCUAAAGCCUGAAAAUCUUCUUCUUGAUGCAUGUGGAAAUAUUAAGGUUUCAGACUUUGGACUGAGUGCUUUGCCCCAGCAAGGGGUUGGCCUUCUCCACACAACAUGUGGAACCCCAAAUUAUGUUGCACCAGAGGUACUCAGAAGCCGGGGUUAUGAUGGUGCAGCUUCUGAUGUAUGGUCAUGUGGAGUCAUCCUCUAUGUUUUAUUGACUGGUUAUCUGCCAUUUGAUGAGACAAACCUUCCAACUCUUUACGAAAAGAUAAAUGCAGCAGAAUUUUCUUGCCCGUCUUGGUUUUGUUUUGGGGUGAAGUCAUUGAUACAUAAGAUACUUGAUCCCAAUCCUAAAACACGCAUUCAGAUUGAAGGAAUUAGAAAAGAUCCAUGGUUUCGGAAAAACUAUGUUCCUGUGAAGUAUCGAGAAGAUAAGGAAGUGAAUUUGGAUGGUGUUUGUGCAGUUUUUGAUGAUAUCCAGGAUAACUAUGUUGCUGAGAAGUUAGAAAAUCAUGAAGCAGGUCCUUUGAUGAUGAAUGCAUUCGAAAUGAUUACCCUAUCGCAGGGGUUGAAUUUAUCGGCGUUGUUUGACAGGGGGCAGGAUUAUGUUAAGCGGCAAACUCGUUUUGUUUCUCGCAAACCAGCAAAAUUUAUUACUUCAACUAUUGAAGCUGUUGCAGAAUCGAUGAAUCUCAAGGUUCAUACACACAAUUUCAAGAUAAGGCUUGAAGGUAUAUCUGCAAAUAAGGCUGGACAAUUUGCUGUGGUCUUGGAUGUUUUUGAAGUUGCACCAUCUAUUUUCAUGGUAGAUGUUCGAAAGGCUGCUGGGGAUACCCUUGAAUAUCACAAGUUUUACAAGGAUUUAUGUGCCAAACUAGACAAUAUCAUUUGGAAACCAACGGAUGGUGUGGCUAGCCAAAGUCUGUAUUAGAACAAUGACUUGCUGAUCCAGUUUCAUGGGUGUGAUGCUACUCCCUGAGCAGAUCAACAAAGGGUGGCCAUUCCUUUUUGGGGCAAAACAGCAAAAUCAUGCUUUUACAGGGCCCCAAUAUCUGAUUAUGGUACACUUGUUACUUUAUAGAUCAGACUAUAAGAUGAAUUACAAAAUGAGAAUGUAUCAAUAAAAUUGUGUAGUUUCUUUCCUCACUGUACUUGAGGAGACUUGCAAUACUUAUAUUCAGACGCUUGUGUAAAUCAGGAAGGUCGUCUCAACAUAAUAGGAGCUAUUUUGUUAUUAUAAGAUUGAAUUUCUUAAUUACACAACAUUUGAUCUUAA